AUAGAACACCCGAUUCCAUGAAACACAAGAAGGACAGAGAAGAAUCUUAUAGUACACUCGAUUCCAAGAAACACAAGAAAAAACGUGCAAAACAUCGCAGGAAUAGUAAUGUUUACAGUCGAUACUCUGAAAAGUCUUUUGACUUUGAGAUUAACAAAUUUGAGGUCCUUCAGCCUGAAGAUUUCAAACAACCUGAUGAAAGACAACUAGCAAGUGAAACCAUAUAUUCUGAUACAACUUGCACAUAUGAUGAUGAAGAACAGCGUAGAAGACGAUGGCGUAGAAAGAAAAAGAAGAACAAGCGUCUUCAAGAUCAGCAGAUGCGUGACAAUGAAUAUAUUUUAGAAGAUAAAAAUGACAAUGUGAGGUAUUACGUUCCUCGGUUAGGUCAAGACAUGAGAACAUGAUACUUUGAGGGUAUUUUGUGAUUCUGAGAAUGUUAUAAUGACCGGUGAAUAAGUAUUAUUUGGAACAUGAAAGGUUGACAUAUGAGAUAUUGUUUGUAUUAAUGUUACCGAACACUUUGAUAAAGCGUUGUUAUAGUAAGAAUGACAUACAAUUUUUUCAUACUAGUUGUGAAUUAUUUGGCACUAGAGUAACAUACUGUUUGACGGAAUAUGAUUGUAUCUAUUCAGAGAGAAAAAAAAGGUGUUAAUCUUAUUGUGUUUGAAACUAUCUUCACAUAAAGGCUUUUAUUUUGUGUGAUAGAUAAGGUCGUUAGUUUAUUUUUUUGAAUUAGUCUACAUUUUACACAGUUGACUACGCGGUAUGGCCGUGCGGUAACCUAUAACUGUUACUUUUUGCGUAAUUGUGGUCUCUUGUGGAGAUAUUUCUCAUUGGCAAACGUACCACAUCUUCUUUUUUACGUUUAGGUUGUAGAGAAAUAGAGAAAGAUGUUUUAGAAAUGUGUGUUGUCAGAACUAUCAAUUUUGUAUACUUUUAGUACAAGGAUAUCGAGGCAAUGUUUUAUAGAAAAAACAACCAUCAGUAAUAGUUUUCAUUAACCGCAAGGUACUUUAAAUUUUACGAGACAUAAUAUUCAUUUUGUUUAAAACAUUUAUCAAAGUGGAGUUGCGAAAGGAAAGGUCAAUUUCCGCAGUCAUUUUGUCAAAAUAUGCUCACAAAGAUUCCUUAUAAGCUUGACUGAUUUUGCACAAAUACAUACAUUGAAAUAUCGAUGAUUUACAAUCCUUUUAACCGAUAGCAUUAUACGGUUUCACGUGCUUGCUUUAUAUUUAUGUUCGCAUCAGUUCAUUUUCCAUACAAAUGUCUAAGAGAUCAACAUAAUUUUGAACUAUUUGGCGUCUAUUCUAAAAUUCCUAUGAACUUGAUACAUUAUAACGAGUCCAUGCAUUGCUAAUUGUUUCUUUAGUACGUUAUGUAAUUUAAUAUAUUUUAUUUUGAGUCAAAAUAAUGAACAUGUAUUUGGCAGUUAAUGAUUCUGCAAUUAUAGUGUUUAUUGUGUGUGGAUUUAAUAAUGUGUUGUUUGGUUAUCUUUAGUCGCAUUUUUUAUUGUGUGUUUGGGUGUUUGAGAGCAUUGGUGCAUGUUGUUUCUUUUUUAGUUUAUUUUAACAUUUUG